UGCUGCUGCAGAAGCCGGCGAUGGGAUGGAUGUGGGUGGCGGCCCUGCUGUGCUCCGGGUCUGUGUGUCUGGCUGUCGCUCAGGGUGGUGAUCCCUUGUACUCUGAACCCUGGCUACAGUCAGUGAGUCUGAACAGAAGUAUUGUCAAGAAUGGGUUUCAUCGGGAGCUACUGAUAGAUGUUAAGCUUGGUGAAGGUGCCCGCCCUGACUGCUGCAUUAUGAUUGAGGAGCAGUUACCCCGAGGACUUUAUGUAGAUCCAUACGAGCUUGCAUCACUGCGCGAACGUAGCAGUGCAAAGAUAUUUGUUCAGAAGGAGAUCGAUAUUGAAGCUCCAGAAUACUUAUCAACUGUGCACAUGGUUAUCAUCUACCUCAAUCCUGAUCUUAGCAACCCUGGACAUUUUACUGGCACAGUCCCAGUGCACAUACGAUACCAUCGACCAACCGACAUGGAGGAAACUAAUACACAGGUGAUCCUCACGGAUCCACACUUGAUGAUUCACUGCCAGAGAGAUAAUCCAGUACAGGCAAGUUGGAACCUUGGUGUGUCUCAGGUUCCCUGCUCAGUGAAUAACCCCAGUGCCUAUCACUGGGUGAAUAUUACCUAUCAGAAUGUUGUAGAAAUCUUAACACUAGAGGUUCCUGUUGGGCAGAAGAAGCAUGCAUUGGUUGUGACAGCUGCAACAUUACUGUUUACCAUUCUGUGCUGCAGUCUACUUUUCAAAGUUGUAUGGAUGUAUGGCCAGUUUGAAUCCUAACUUAAAAGCAAUGAAAAGCUUUUAAAAGAUGAAGUUGCCAGUCCUGGCUGUUAUUGGAAUGGUUUGGAAUGAGAUUACUACUGUGGAUUCAGCCAUGGAAAUAAUGGUUGUCAUGGAUACCAUGAUUUUGAUGAUCUCAGAGAUCUUCAUGGCUUUUGCGAAAACAUAUUUUUACGUAAUUUGAACUAGCCUGGCUGCCUAACUUUGCAGGAGCUGUUUACAAUAUAACACUGCAGUUUUGAUUCUUUGACUUCUGCUUCCAUUGAAUAAGACUUCCCAUUGGGUGUGCACGGUCAAUGAAUUGUAUGUAUAACAUUGUAAUUGUUCUUUUUAUACAAUCAUGCUUACAAUCAUGUGUUUGUGUACCAGUUCCUGUGACCUUAUUCUCCCUUGCUCAAUUUUUCCAUGAUCUUGAGCAAAAAUACUAUGACUAGUAGGUCCAAACUCUUUGUGGCAAAAUUCCAGCACUACCCCCAGCACUGUAAGCUGAGUUUUCCUUUUGAGUAUUUAUACAACACUUUUGAAUAUUAUGGCUGAAUCUACUUCCACCUUUAUCUCAGACUAAGUAUUCCUGUAUUUUUCUCAUGUUUUCUCAAUAUACCCUUGCUCUUGUGUGGUACAAAAUAAUGCUGUGAGUAAUGAAAUAAUCUAUACUAACCACAAAAUCCCUCAAUUUUGACACUAUGUUUUGUGGGAAAGCAGAUCUUUUGCUGGUGGGUGUCUGAAUGUAAGAAGUGGGUCGGCCUGGAGAUCUUUUUACAAAGGUUGCACAAAUUGUACAUGUUGGACUAUAAGCUCUGAUACUUGUGGAGCCCUCAACUUUCUCUGAUUUUUCUCAGUAAACUAUCAUGGUUUCUUUAGAUGGUGGGGGGGGGGGGGGUGGAAUUCCAUUUUGAAGGUCAGUAUAACUUUUAAUAGCUGUCAACACAGCACGCUGGAAUCUGGGAGUUCAGGCUUUCAGGAGGGGGCAUGUGUUGGUCUUUUCAUAGUCUUUUCAACCGAUGGAAGCUCAUACCAUAUUGGUAACAGAAAAACAAAAAGAAAUGGAGAUGCUAGCAAAUUUGAAAUAAAAAGUGCUGGAAGCACUCAGCUGCUGAGGACU